GUAAACUCUAUUGUCUGUGGUUAUGGUUGAGUAGUUUGUUGUGUGGUGAGUGAAUAAUAAUUUUUAAAAUACAUAAUCGAUCAAUGAUGGAAAACGCUGAAGAAAUAUUCCAUUUUCUUGAAGAUUUCUCCAAACGCAAACCUAAAACAAUCCCACAAGAACUCAACGAAUACUUGGCAUACGUAGCUCGGACCGGCGAUCCAGUCUACCAAUGGUCACUCGUUAAAAGUUUGUUCAAAGAAAAACUUCUAUCUGUGAUCACGGAUUUCUACGAAACCACACCAGGUAUUGACAUUCCACCUUACCCAAACGUGGACCCAUUCAAUUAUGACAUCAUGAAAAAUAGCCUACUAGAACGCCUAGAUUCAUUCACGUCUGCCCCAUUCACAGUUCAAAGAAUUUGUGAAUUACUAACUUAUCCACGUAAACAAUACAACCGCGUUGACAAGUUUAUGAGAGCUAUAGAAAAGAACAUUUUAGUUGUAAGCACUAGAGAACCAGGAAUCCAGCGCCAUGCUGAACCUGAAAAUGGUGAACCUGUUGAACCCAUUGUGAACGGCUCAGAUAAUAAUUCCGAGUACAAUGUGGAUGUCGAAAUGGAAGACAUGUCUUGGAAGGAGAAUGCUGAGCAGCCACAAAUAUCAGAACCUCAACCAGGAUCAUCAGAUGCUCACAUUUCAGUAGAUGACAUUGAGGCUCGAUUAAAGGCUAAACAAGAGACUCCAAUGGAUACUCAAGACAAAAUUGCUACUCAAUAUGAAUCAGUUACGCCUCCUGAACUUAACAUAGGUGCUGAUGAACCACCGGAGGAAAUAAAAACCAGUGCGGAGACAACACCCCAAGCAACAGUAUCCACUGAGGAACCUAAAGUGGAUGCAGCCUCAGCAAGUGCCAGUGAGGAACCAAAGGUUGAUGUUGAAAUGAAACCCGAGGAUGCACCUACUGCUGCCGCUCCUACUUUGAUCAUUCCAGAAAUAAAAGUUGAAGAUGCUGAAAUGACUGAACAGAGGCUUACUGAGAAAACUUCAACCGAUAAGGUUGAAGAUGUUAGUCAGCCUGUUGAAAAGGAACCUCCUAGCUCAGAGCCUAAAACUGUGAUAGAAGCACAACCAGUGUCUAUGGAUGAGAAUAGCUCAGACUCAACAACAAAAGAAGACAAUGAACCUAAACUUAUUUCUGAAGUUUCAACAUCAAGUGAAGAAAGUUCCUCUUCAAGUGAUAACACUGAUGGUAAUAGCAAUUCCCCUAAGACUGACGAGAGGCACAUUGAUGUGCAAGAUGAGUCAAACCAGUCUGAUACUCCAUCGGACACAGCUUCAGAAGAAAGUAAUGUAAAGGAUACUGAGCCAACGCCUGAGACCACUCCUGAAAGGCCUCCAGAAGAAGCUUCUCCUAAAGUUGAAAUGCAAUCAGAUAAUUACUCAAUAUCUGAUGUGAACUCUGAACUACCUCAACCUCCAGAAGUACCCAAGGCACAAGAGGUGCCCGAGGAGAAAAAGGAACCAGAAAAGAUUGAGGAAGAAGUAAAGUCUGACAAUACAGUAACAGAAGCUAACAAAGAGUCAUAAAUGAUCCGACUCUUUAAUAAUUAUUCUUUUUUAUUCUGUGACUGUUAGUUGAUAAGUAGAAAAGUUAAUGAAUUUUCUUUAGACACUGUGAUGAAUUUCAAGUGUUUUCCCAAUAAUAUUCAUAGAAUCUAAUUUAGUACCCUCAUCCUCUUAGUAAGUUGAAAUAGUUUAAUUGCUGGUAAAAUGCAAGUGCUUUAUGGUCAAACUGCCUAUUAAUACUUGAAAUGAAAAUGAAUGAUUGUAACUUAGUAUUAUUUUAUACCAAUUUAAUGUAACGAAUAUGAAAAAUAAAUGAUGAAUCAGUUUUGUAA